UCGAGGCAUUAUUCAAAAUGGCCGUAAGUUUUGUUUAGACCAGUUUUCGGCAGUUGUAAUUUCUUUUGUGCGAAUAUUGUCCCGUUCGCGUAUCCCGGAGAGGUAUUUGUCAUGUGUACAAGACACAGUUGCUGCUAUGUCAGAACAGUAUAGCAGUGAUGAAGAGGCCUGCAUCUGCAAUGGGGAAGUGCUUGUCAACCACAAGCGCAAGGAGACCCACAAUGUGGUCGAAAGGAGGCGGAAGGACAAGAUCAACAUCAACAUUCUGCGCCUGGGAGACUUGCUCCCGGAUAAGGACCCCAAAAAGCAGAGCAAGAAUGGGAUCUUGGAACGGGCAUCUGAUUACAUAGUCUACCUGAAAGAUCUGAACGAGAAGCUGGUGAUGGAGAAAGCAUCAGAUAUGGAAGCCACCAUCUUUGCAAGGCUCAGGAAGCAGAUACGGGAGCUGGAAGACCUGAACGCCAACUAUGCCCGGCUUCUGACGACGGCCGGUAUUCCUCUUAACGGCACUCCCGAAGAGAUCUGGGACCACAAGCCCAAAAAGUAUUCUCUGAAGCACUCACCGGAAAAGCAACGUGCCUUAGUUACCUGCACAGAGGUGAAGACUGCGCUUCAGUCCUGCCAGCACCACAACACUCCGCCACCACCAUCAUCACGAGCAGACAUCACGGAGCAGCAGACGCAGCGGCAAAGUAAUGUAUCAGCUACCCAACUUGGCGUCAUGCGCGACAGUGCACCCGGCUGCACACUGGUAACACAAGCACUUCCUUCGGCUCCCGUCAUGUCCACCGCACAGCCUUCGGCCGUGACGGUGUUCCAGCAGCAACCGUUGGCGGCCAUGACUCCGUCGGCCGCGGCAGCCGGCGUCAUGUCUCAGCCGAUUCUUGUCAUCAACGACCAGGGAGUGCCCGUGCUGCAGAAUGUUGUCACCUUCCAGAAUACCUCCAUCAUCCUUAACCCACAGGGGCACACCAUGGCACGCGCUCCCGGCUCAGUGGUCUCUUUCCCCGGGUCAGAAAUGUUGGGCGGAGCGCACGUUCAGCUGGCAACAGCGGGGCAAGGGAUGGAGGACUUCGUGGCGGGAGGCCUGGUGCAAUGCGACCCUAAGCUGAAGGAGACCAAGCUGUGUGGUGUCCCGCCCAUGCAGAAUGCGACAUUCCUCUCGGGUACCGGCAUGAUGAUGAACCAGCCCAUUCUGUCCUACGGAGGAGGGGCGGCCAUGAUCGCGGGCCAGAACGCGGCACCCUCUCAAGUACCGUCUGCAUUUCUCCUCCCCUCUGGGCAAAUUAUUCCUGUUGUGUCUCAGCCGCAGGUUGUAGGGGCACCUAUGCCGCCGCAUCUUAUGAAUGGUCAGGUGAUGCCCAAUGUUGCAUGCACAAACUCUUGCAGUUCUUUGGCUGCUCGCGGAAAGACGAUCGUGUGCGAGACUAGCCGGAGUGUUGUCUGCAGGGAGCAAGCAUCUGUCACUCAAGCCGUACAGAUCAAGACCUCUUCCGUCACUGUUCCCGCAUGCAACACCACUACGGCUAGCACAUCGUCCCAGCAGAGCUGCUGCAAGAAGCAGCAAAAUGUUUGCCCUCAGCACUCGUCAUCAUCUUCAUCAAAGGGCAAGACUCUGCCAGACAGUUCUAAAGGGAAAGCGACAUGUAUCCACUCGGCGUCUAAACAGGCCCUUUGCACGAUUAGGCCCAAGCCGACAUCCCAGAUGCCAGACUCUAGUCAGACCAAGCCAUCGUGUCCACGGAAAGGGAGCAAGAAGGCUGCAAGACCGUGCCUCGAGGUGGCUGCAAAGAAGGCACGCAUAGAAGUUGCAAGGUCAGACGAGGAAAAUGUUGCGAGCACUACUUCCUGCUCCUCUGCCAUCGCCACAGCCCCCAGUCAGGGACUGGAAAGUGUGAGCAGUACCAGCAAUAAAGGAACACCGCCCCUUGCAACAGACAUCCUGGCACAGGCAACAGAGUCUAUCUUCUCGAGCGCCCUUGCACAGUUGCCCCCUCAAGAUAUUUCUGUCAGCCGAUCGAACAGCAACAGUGCCUCCACUCUUGAGUCGGCAACUUUAGCCCUUCAGACUUCGGUAUCUACAGGAGUCACGGAGAGGAGCGACACGCUCGUGACGGUUGUCUCUGCGGCUUCGUCGGACACAGGCUCUGGCCAGUUGCCAGACAGCCGUCGUUCUGAAGCAUCUAUUGCGGUGGAAGCAGUGUGCAGCAAUGAAGCUCUUCAAACGACUGUUGACAAGGAUUCUGAGGCAGAGGAAACCUUUCAAAGCAGCAUGUCCUCUGUCCAGAUGGAUGCAGAAACUUCAUCGCCUGGCCAGGCAACCAGCAACGUGCAGAGGACUUCAGCCAAGGAGGCAGAAGACUCUAUUGAAACAACAGAUCGCAAUGAGUUAUCGAGUCUGAGUUUACACUCCAUUGUCAUGGAGGAGAACAUUGACAUAUCUCCAAGUGUUAGUUCAACAACGUUUACUGAAAGCUAUGUCUCUGUUGCUGCAAAUAAUGGCAGUAACACUAUGCCUGAUAAUGCAAACAAGAUGCCCGACUGUGCAGCCUCAAUUCUCUGCCAGUUGACUCCACCAAGCAGCAAGGGCAGUGAGGACAAUAGCAAAGCAUUUGUUUCAAGUACAGACAGCUUGACGUCUGAUCAAGAGUUGCCACUUAUCCUGAGUAUUCCAGAGGAUGACGGGCAUGGUUCACUUAACAGCAACUCGAACCCUGGACUUUCGUUCCCCUCUCUUUCUCCGGGUGAUCAGCUGGAACAGGAAUUGGGAAAUAAUGGAACGAACAAGAAUGUGGAGAGCUCCAGCAGCCUUCCUUCAUUUUCCAUAACUCCUCUUGUACCAUCACUGUCAGUGAGCACCGCACAGGCAUCAGUCAGUUCUAGUCUGAGCAAAAAAAAAGAUUCCACAGAGAGUGUAAACACUUACGCCUACGUCACGUCAGAUGCAUAUCCGGGCCCGCGGUCAGGAGACCUGCAUGCCAUGGGAAACAGUGGCAGCAAGCAAGACUGCCACCAUGCCUCCCGUUCGCCGCAACUGCAGAAUUUACCUUCGGCAAAGUUGCUCACGGAGACAUCGUGCCACAGUUUUGUUUCAAGUGCACCGCCCACGUUCACAAUGCAGUCCAGGAGUCUACAGUUCCCUCCCACACAAGUUCAGAACUCGCACACUGUGCUGCCCGGGUUUUCCUCUGCUCAGGGAUUUGCCGCUCCCAAGGAGCCCGAUCCUCUUCCUCCGCCAAUCGGCAGUGGCAAACCACCGCCUUCCCCUUGCAGGAUGGCCCGCGAUUCGGGACGCUCCGCAACGCCCAACAAGAGUCUGCCGAGCCAGUUUCCGACGUCCAUCAAUUCGUACAUGGCGACGACCUGCUUCCCUCGACCUGACCAGUACAUGGCCGGAGCCCGGAGCUUCAGCACCAGCGGCGGCGUGCUGGGCAGCCACAGCACCUCCCUGUCGUGCUAUUCGGCCGAAGCCCUGAUCGGGACGCAGAACUUCCUCCCGUCCUCGUACCGCAUGGCCCCUCCCUGCACCCAGCUACCAACCACUCAGAUGACGUCGUGCCGCCAGUCAUCCCGCCCUCAGAUAUCCUACUCGGCUGAGAGCCUGAUCCAGUCGCAGGCAAGCAACUCCAAAAAGGACGCCCUGGGAGGCUCUAAGGAGGCGGCCAGUUUUACUAACCAUCCCGGCUUUGGGAAUCGGCUACCCUACACCCAGUCCCAGAUGAGCGGCCAGUUGCAGAGCAGUAACCACCCACACCAAAGGCAGGUGCCAGCCAGCACGACGCAGCAGAGCCAUCAGCUGAAUCCCAGCAUAUCAAUUGCCGACAACCGAACCCACGCUCUGCAAGCGUCGGGCGGACCCGCGGCCGUGAACAGUAGCUACCACGUGCAGCAAAACCUGGCCGGCAGCCCAGCCAGGUACCCGCUCCAUUCCUACCAUCACGGCAAAGAUGACUUCCCCAGUCUCCAUACAACCUCGUCGUUGCAUGCUGCACCUUCCACUUCGCAUUCUACCACGCACGGCCAUCACCUGCAGCCGGACGCCAGUGCAAGCCAAAACGUCUUUCAGCACCAAAACUACCCGUACCCCAACUUUACACUUGGACACAGUAGUCCUAGUUUCAACGCCUGCUCGUCCCGUCCCGAAGUUCCGCCCCUGAGUCGCGCUCCCUCGAGCUGCCUGCAGUCAUCGUCCCCGAGGCAGGCUCACUUCGGGAUGCAGGGGCCCCUGCCCACCUCGCAGCAGCAGGGGUGCCUGUUUCCGAGUUCUUCGGGAGCUCCGAUCCUGCCUCCUCUUGCCUCGGAGUUUGGGUCCCAAUGCUCGGGGCCUCUGGCCCCUCCCCCGCCCGUCUUUGGCAACCUCUCGCAGCACUGUGCUCAGGCGCCCCAUCUCGUGAAUAACCUGAUACCCGGCCCAUUUGCAACGACGAGCACCUCGAUCUGCAAUGCUCCGCUGUCCCUGCCCACGGCCGACGCCGAAAAACAGCCGCGCAGAGAAAAGUCAUCGAUGCUCCCGACUUCGGAACCGCAUUGCUCCGAUACCACCGAAAAGCAGAAUCCCAAGUCUAAAUCAAAAAAGAACAAAGCGUCCAGUUCCUCGCACAAUUCCGUCACCGCCAUCCCUUACUUUCCGGAUUUCAUGAGAACCGAAUCUCAGAAUCACGCAUUGCUGCAGCUGCCACCACCUCCGGCCGGAGUUGCCGCGGCGCCCGUGACCACACAAAAGCUACCUCACUCCUCGUCAUCCUGGCAGCAUCAGCAGCAUCAUAAAGCGGUCCGCAGCAACGCAGAACCAGAGUGCAGCACCAACUCGAGCAGCGUGGCGUACAAUCCCCUCUUCAGGCCACAGUCUCAAAACAGCAUCAACCUCAACCUGAAUGCUCCCGGGCCGCCUCCCCCUUCGGCACCUCACUCAUUGGCACCUCCUUCCUUCUCGCAUCAUCACAGCCCACUGCAGAGGAGCAGUCAGCAGAGCUCAUCCUCGUCGAUCCCCAACCCCACCUCGACGACCACGUCGGCCGUGCAGGGUCACUACGCGAACUGUGCAGUUACGCCGUCGCAUCACGUGCCCAACUUCAACCUGAGCAACAUUUUUCCAGACAUCGGUGCCGGUUCGGCCGAACAGAGUCGGGGGUCGUCCGCGCACUUUUACCCACCAAGUCGCAUGCUUCACAACUCAUUCAACCACAUCCUGCCUCCUCCUCCUCCACCAGCUCCGCACAACAACUUUGUACCGUCGGGUCACCACUCGCACGCGCCGUCUUUCUCUAACGUCAUACCGCCACUCACCUUCCCGAUGCACGAGCACUGAGCAUCCUGAAUUCCGAUUGCUCUUGCUGUUUUUUUUUGUUUUUUUAACUUCAAAGUAUUCUGGGGAGUGGACACAAGCCAUAGUUUACUUCUUCAGGCUGGUACUACAGAUUGCUUUGAUAUCUUUUGUAUAUUUCUCGUUUGUGCCUCAUUGAUAUAGCAAACUGAACGAGCACAAUUUAUAGAUGAGCAUGGGACUUACCUACCUCUAGUUUUCUUCGUCUCACAUAUGUCAUACUGACUAUUUCUUCAAUAAUUAACUUUUCUCGGCUGGAAUCAUCGAUCAGCCGCUUUUCAGUGUUUCAGUGAUAACUGUUUUGUGAGACCUGGAUGCCUUUGCACUCCAAACUAAAUUGAUUCAAUGUACUGUGGGUUGUUCAGCAUUUGGGUAUCGGGGGUUCAAAAGCUCACAUUCUCUACAAGGGUUGACUGAAAAGUUGGCCUGUUUGCUCAGCAGUCUGGGAAGAAAGAACAUACUAACAAUCAAACAGUGAACCUUCUUUGAGAGGGAAUACUAUUUUAGUGUAAUUGUUUCCUUGUAGAGUGUGUGCCUCGCGUGUGAGACAAGUGUUCUCAUUUCGAGAACCAAAGGCUUUAAGCUUUUGAUUUGUGUGCAUUUAAUCAGGGAGAAAACGUGGUUUUAUUAAGUGGAUUCUAAAUACAGACAUCUUCCUUUUUAAAGGUGAAGAAAAUAUGCAAUCAGUAGGUUGCCUUGACCUUCUUAUAUUGAUGAUAUCAGGAUGCAAACAUGUGUGAACAAAACUGCACCUUACAGUAUUUUAGGGCCCACGUAGAGCCAAUUUCCUUCAGAGAUACAUACAGGAAACAAAAAGUAUUUCCAUGCAUAGCACUGUUGAGGCAAUUUAAUUCUACCCCACAAAUGUCUAGCCAUAGACUUUUUUGAGAAGCACCAUAGAAAGUAUAUGGGUUCUUAACCAUUUGUCUACACACUUCUGUUAGAACUACUCAUACUUCUCUGAUGUCAAAUGCAAGAUUCCGAAAGUUUUUUUAUAACUGGUCAAAACUAAAAUGGUAUUGAAAGGUUAGGUGAAAGACAAACAUCUGGGAUUUUUGUUUAACAUCAAGAAAAUCUGCCUUUACCUUGAGGAACAGUGUGUUGCAGGAUGAAACCAUUAUAGAACAGCGUAGCAGUUCUGAACUUGCACAUUUCUGGUUUGUCCUUACUAGAGCUCUGCUUUUUUCUCGUUGUGCUUUUCUCCCGUUGCUUAGCUUGCCUACACGUUAUACUUGUCAGCUGAUUUUAUUUUUAUACACAAUAAUACCUUUUUUUUUUGUAUGGAAGGAAACUUUGAGCCAUUGAUUGCAUGGCAUACAAAAGUAUGUGAGAGCUUGAUACAGGGGUAGCUUUGAAUGGUGACUUUAUUAAACAGUCAGUUUGUUUUUAAGCAUCUUUUGCUGACUCAACAUUUUACAAUUUAAUGCAGAUCAUUCAGGGGGCAUACAAUGACAGGAUAAUUGUGCGACUUGUAUCUGUAGCAUGCUGUGGCAGCUUUUUCACUGCACCAGAGGCAGCAAACUAACGAGUUGACUCCUCCGAUAUUAUCCUCACUGUCUACCGCUUUUGUUCUGGCAAAAUAGUUGCCACAGGCACGUUGCAUGUGCUUGACAUUUGCCUCUGAAAUAUGCUUUUGUGGAACAUGCUAAAUAUGUGUGACAGAUAUCCUUAUAAAAGGUUAGGGUGCAAAUGAGCGGGUGAAGGUUUAACAUAAUUUAAAACUAACCCCCAAGACUGGGGAAAAGACGAAGGAGAACAACACGCAGACACUCUGUGUGUUGUGUUGUCCUUCAUAUUUUCCUUAGUCUCGGGGGGGGGGGGGGGGGGGGGGGGGGGUCGGGUCGGGUCGGGUCGGGUCUUAAAGCAAAACUUAAAAAAAAAAAAGAUAUUCUUGCUUUUUUUUGCAGUAGCAUGAAAACUCCGAUCUUUUGUUAAAUUAUCCAGACACCAAGGACAAUGCUUACAAUGUAGGUACGUGAACUGGCCGGACCUGCUCAACUUAUCAAUACAAUAUAUUUAAAAAAAAUCUCAAUAUGGGCGGUUCAUGAUUGCACAUGCAAAGUGCUACAUUCACGUUUUUGCUUUAGAACAGUUGCUGCUGCAGAUGUCGGCAUGUGCGCUGCAUAUAACUAUGCUGACAGCAUACUCCCCGGUACCCGAGUAAUUUCGCAAAAGGCCUACGAGAGGUAACAUACCCAUGUAUAUUACAUUGCUUUUGUGUGCAGGAACUUAAGUCAUUGAUAGCAUCUGUCUAUAUCUUGGAGAAGUGUUGUAUCAUUUUAUGUUAAAAUUGUGAUAUGUAGUAGAUGAUGGCUUUUUUUUUUUACGAAAAACAAAUAACUGACUAUUAAUGCUUUUUUUUUUGGAACACGGCUGCCUAACAAAGCAGUAAUUCAGUGGCUACAAAAGCAACAUGCUUUUUUUCUGUCCCAGUUUUUUUUUUUUUUUUUCCUUUGUGCGGCACAUGGUUUUGAGGGACGCAAGA